CUCGCCUCAGCACCAGACACUGGCAGAGAAGGACACUCACACAUCUCCCUCUCCUGACCACAGUGACCACCACCUUCCACCACCAUGAACAGUAUCUGCCAGGAACGCAUGGCCGCUGCCAUGGCAGCUGCCCUCGCUGUUAAGGGAUCCAUGUCGUCCGAGAACUCUGUGGAGAUGCGCCGCUACCUGAACAAACUCAAGGAUUUGGUGCCGCAUUGCCCCAAGAAUCGCAAAGUGACCAAGCUGGAAUUGAUCCAGCACGUCAUCGACUACAUCAGCGAUCUGGAAGACACCCUCCAGUCCGACACAGAGUCUGAGAGUCCUCCAGAGAGCCCUGUGGAGCGGAUGAGCUUCAGUGACGCCUACGACAUGCCGCCGACCCACGCCUUCCCCGGGUAUCCGUCACACGAUGACCGCCACACAAUGACGCCUGCAGGAUAUUCUCAUGGAUUCGGAGGAAGCUCACAUGACGGCGGGCACAGCUAUGGCGGCUCCUUGGCCUACAGCAGCGUGGGGCCGGGUGGAGCGGGUUACGGCGUCGGAUGCAGCUCCCUUAGCGGCGCCUUCAGUCCCAUCCUGUACAGCGACCAGGGCACGGCACCCCCGCCACGCUUUGCCUCAAGCUGAAGUGUGUGUGUGUGUGUGUGUGUGUGUGUGUGUGUGUGUGUGUGUGUGUGUGUCGCGCUGACUUGUUUGUUAAUGCUGCCUGUGAUAGCCAUGUACAAAUAUAUUUAUAAUUUCUUAAUUUACGUCAAUAAAAUAUAACAAA